AGCCCGUUCAGGAAGGAGAUCGCAUCAGCACGCUUCACUUGUACUACAGUAGUAGAGUACUAAAUCCCAUGCACACAUAUACUCACUCCUACUAGCUAGCUCCCAAGUCUGUGAGGAUCAGUGUCCACCAUUGUUCACUGGAGCUAAGUGAACAAGCCAGUGUACAAGAUGAAGAAGGCCAUGAGGAAGGAGAGUGGUAAGAAGCUUGUGGGCAGGGCAGUAGCAAGGGCUCUCGUGUGGCUUUUGCUUCCUGUCCUUGUCUUCGUCGUGCUCUACUCCGAUCACAUGCCGCGGGUUCUUCAAUUACAAGCAACAACUCUUUAUCCUUCAUUUAAUUCGGAUUUGGUCGGCCAUGCACCACCUUCUCCCGCAUCAAGCGAGCAGACGCUCGGCGAGGCCGUCGAUGCACCACCUUCUCCCGCAACAAGCGACCAGACGCCCGGCGCGGCCGUUGAUGCACCACCUUCUCCGGCAUCACGCGACGAGACGCCCGGCGACGUCAUCAGUGCGAACAAAAGCCAAGGCGACAUCGCCCGUCGACAAGAUACAGAUGUGGCAGCACCAAGAAGCAAGUCAAUCUGCGACUUCAGCAGUGAACGCAUGGACAUAUGUGCCAUGCAAGGUGACGUCCGUAUGCAUGGCAAAUCCGCCACCGUGUACGUGGUCUCAGCGUCUGAUGAAAGCUACCGGGCAGAGAAUGGAACAGUGAAGAUCCACCCGUACCCGCGCAAGUCGGAGGAAGGAACGAUGCAAGCUAUCCGGGAGGUGACCAUCCGCUGGAGCGGGCUGGAUGCGCCACGGUGCACGGUGACACACGACGUCCCCGCGGUGGUCUUCUCCACCGGCGGCUUCCUCAACAACUUUUUUCACGCCAUGACCGACGGUCUCAUCCCUCUCUUCAACACCGUGCGGGAGUACGAUGGUCGCGUCCAGCUUGUGGUCACUGACUACAACCACAAGUGGGUUGACAAGUUCCAAGACAUCCUCGCCGCGCUCUCCAUGUACCCGGUCAUCGACUUUGACGCCGACGACAAGGUGCGUUGCUUCCCGUCGGUGCACGUCGGCACCGAGAGCCAUAAGGAGAUGGGGAUCAUCCCUUCUCUCUCCCGCAAGGGCUACACGAUGACGGACUUCCGGAACUUUCUCCGGUCGGUCUACUCGCUGAAGCGUGAGUGGGCGACCCCCGUAAACCGGACAUCUGGCGAAAGGCCUCGUCUCCUCAUGGUGUUGCGCCGCAACUCGAGGGCAUUCGCGAAUGAGGCGGAGGCCGUCGCAGCUGCCACAGAUAUCGGUUUUGAGGUGGUGUUGGGGGCCCCGGAGGCCAUGGGCGACAUGGCCCGGUUCGCAGAGGUUGUAAACUCGUGCGACGUGAUGGUGGGUGUGCAUGGUGCAGGGCUCACCAACCUGGUGUUCCUCCCGCGCAACGCGACGUUGGUGCAGGUCGUCCCGUGGGGCGACAUGAGCUGGGGGGCCAAUGCUGCCUUUGGUGCGCCGUCGGCUGACAUGGGGCUCCGGUACGUCCAGUACGAGCCGACCGCCGAGGAGACGACGCUCAAGUACAUAUACCCGAGGGACCACGCCGUCUUCACCGACAUUGCCUCCAUACACAGGCAGGGGUAUGGUAUGACGUGGGCGAUCUUCCUCAACGGCCAGAAUAUCACCCUCGACAUCGACCGCUACAGAGGGGUGUUGCAGCAAAUCUACCAUGAUAGUGUAAUGGCCAAUCCUUCAUUUAAUUCUGUUCCCGUCGUCGAAGCACCGCCUUCUCCGGCAUCAACCGGCGAGACACCCGGCGACAUCCUUGAUGCGAACAGAGAUCUCCAAAACGAAAAGGGGCACCUAGCCAUGAAGGCGGGAUUAGACGGUUCUUCGAUAAAAUCAGAUGUGGCAGCACCAAGAAGCAAGUCAGUGUGCGACUUCAGCAGUGAACGCAUGGACAUAUGUACCAUGCAAGGUGACGUCCGUAUGCAUGGCAAAUCCGCCACCGUGUACGUGGUCUCGGCGUCUGAUGAUAGCUACCGGCCAGAGAAUGGAACAGUGAAGAUCCACCCGUACCCGCGCAAGUCGGAGGAAGGAACGAUGCAAGCUAUCCGGGAGGUGACCAUCCGCUGGAGCGGGCUGGAUGCGCCACGGUGCACGGUGACACACGACGUCCCCGCGGUGGUCUUCUCCACCGGCGGCUUCCUCAACAACUUUUUUCACGCCAUGACCGACGGUCUCAUCCCUCUCUUCAACACUGUGCGGGAGUAUGAUGGCCGCGUCCAGCUUGUGGUCACCGACUACAACCACAAGUGGGUUGACAAGUUCCAAGACAUCCUCACCGCGCUCUCCAUGUACCCGGUCAUCGACUUUGACGCCGACGACAAGGUGCGUUGCUUCCCGUCGGUGCACGUCGGCACCGAGAGCCAUAAGGAGAUGGGGAUCAUACCUGCUCUCUCCCGCAAGGGCUACACGAUGACGGACUUCCGGAACUUUCUCCGGUCGGUCUACUCGCUGAAGCGUGAAUGGGCGACCCCUGUAAACAGGACCGCCGGCGACAGGCCUCGUCUCCUCAUGGUGUUGCGCCGCAAGUCGAGGGCAUUCGCGAAUGAGGCGGAGGCCAUCGCAGCUGCCACAGAUAUCGGUUUUGAGGUGGUGUUGGGGGCCCCGGAGGCCAUGAGCGACAUGGCCCGGUUCGCAGAGGUUGUGAACUCAUGCGAUGUGAUGGUUGGUGUGCAUGGUGCGGGGCUCACCAACCUGGUGUUCCUCCCGCGCAACGCGACGUUGGUGCAGGUCGUCCCGUGGGGCGACAUGAGCUGGGGGGCCAAUGCUGCAUUUGGUGCGCCGUCGGCUGACAUGGGGCUCCGGUAUGUCCAGUACGAGCCGACCGCCGAGGAGACGACGCUCAAGUACAUAUACCCGAGGGACCACGCCGUCUUCACCGACAUUGCCUCCAUACACAGGCAGGGGUAUGGUAUGACGUGGGCGAUCUUCCUCAACGGCCAGAACAUCACCCUCGACAUCGACCGCUACAGAGGGGUGUUGCAGCAAAUCUACCAUGAUAGUGUAAUGGCCAAUCCUUCAUUUAACUAGAUGACACGUUGUGCCCUUGACGAAACAUAAUGCUGCCGAGAAGCGAUGCCAUCUAUAUGAAAGCCAUCAAUGAUGGGGUCAAGGAGGAGCGCUAUCACCCCUAUGUUGCUGAUACCCGCAGGAGUAUCGCGGUGAUCAAUUGUAAUCGGAAUUUUCGAACAUGAGUCUACUUGUGGCAGUGCUGUUUCAAUAGUGCACACCUCGCCGAAAACACGGGAAUAAAAAAUCAAGCAAUUUUAUUUUAACGGAAAAGGAAGUUUUUUUUAGGAAAUAAAAAAAGAACUACAAAAUUCAAGCAAUGAGAAAGCACCUCCUAAAAAAUAACAGUUACCCAAGAAAAAAGGCAUAAUAAAAGCAAAAAAUGAGACCUAGUGCAUCGAACAACAAUAACGAGGCUAUCCUAACCACAAGGAAAAUUCAAAAGAAAUAACAAGUCUAGCCUGAAAUAGAAAAAAAUACCAGGGGCUGCCCAUACAAACACACACGGAAAAGCUCAUCUCCGUCCACAAGAUAGAAAAGCCGAAAAAAGGUUAUGGCUCAUAAACCCGAAAUCACUAAUUAAGAUGUACUCCUUUCAAAGAUCACUCCCGCCUCCCUAGGUUGCGACAAGUGAUGCAUUGCAUGUGCGCCACUUGUUGCAACCUGUGAGUUUUCCAUUUUUUCAUAGAUCCGUUUAUUCAAAGCGUUUAAUCUCUUAAACCGUGUGUCUAAAUCUCAAACCGUUUUCACCAUUGUAUUCCUCAGGUCGAGAUCUUCAAAAUUAGAUCGCAUGUUGAUAGGUUUUGGCAAAAAAAAUCCAAAUAAUCCGAACGGAUAGCACGUUUUUUUCCUUUUCGAAAGAGGCACGAAUGUGCCUCUUGCGGAAGCAAAUCUGUGCCUCCAUGAGAAGUAAACCAUGCCUCUCGUGGAAGGAAAAAAACGCGUUUGUUUUUGUUUUCGAGAGCCACGGUGGUGCCUCUCGCGAAAGCAAAACCGUGCCUCUCAUGGAAGGAAAACGAAAACGCGUUUUUUCUUUCAUUUUUGAGUGACACGACCGGGCCUC